GCAUUGCGCGCAUUUGUAACGAAUUUCCGUUCGAGUUUGUAUUUUAGGCGCCAUUUUCGAGUGAAGGACCCGGAGCCGAAACACCAGUAGACGCGGGGGGGUUAUACAACCGUUUCCAGCCUUGGUCUGAGUGGACUGUCCCGCAGCGGGAGUCUGCCGCGGACACCGGAGGUACAAACCCCUGCUGCCCCAAGCGACCAUGCCCCGUAAGGGCACCCAGCCCUCCACUGCCCGGCGCAGAGAGGAAGGGCCGCCGCAGUCCCCGGACCGCACCAGCAGCGAUGCGCAGCCGGAGUCGCCGCCCGGCUGCUCGGAGAGCCGGGCGCCUGCCACCGCAGACCCACUGAAGAAAGCGGUCUGGCGAGUUUCACAGAUUAGACUAUGCAGUUUCGGUGUAACGGUCCUGGAGGGGGAUGGAGAGACUCCAAGUGAGGAAAUUGAUAAUAGAAGUUUAGAAGAGAUUUUGAGUAGCAUCCCUCCGCCGCCGCCUCCAGCAAUGACCAAUGAAGCUGGAGCUCCUCGGCUUAUGAUAACUCAUAUUGUAAACCAGAACUUCAAAUCCUAUGCUGGGGAAAAAAUUCUAGGACCUUUUCAUAAGCGCUUUUCCUGUAUUAUUGGUCCAAAUGGCAGUGGCAAAUCCAAUGUUAUUGAUUCAAUGCUUUUUGUGUUUGGCUAUAGAGCACAAAAAAUCAGAUCUAAAAAACUCUCAGUACUAAUACACAAUUCUGAUGAACACAAGGAUAUUCAGAGUUGUACUGUAGAAGUUCAUUUUCAAAAGAUAAUUGAUAAGGAAGGGAAUGAUUAUGAAGUUGUUCCUAACAGUAACUUCUAUGUAUCCAGAACAGCCUAUAGAGAUAAUACUUCUGUUUAUCACAUAAGUGGGAAGAAGAAGACAUUUAAGGAUGUUGGAAAUCUUCUUCGAAGCCAUGGAAUUGACUUGGACCAUAAUAGAUUUUUAAUCUUGCAGGGUGAAGUUGAGCAGAUUGCUAUGAUGAAACCAAAAGGCCAGACUGAACAUGAUGAGGGUAUGCUUGAAUAUUUAGAAGAUAUAAUUGGUUCUGGACGACUAAAUGAACCUAUUAAAGUCUUGUGUCGGAGAGUUGAAAUAUUAAAUGAACACAGAGGAGAGAAGUUAAACAGAGUCAAGAUGGUAGAAAAGGAAAAGGAUGCCUUAGAAGGAGAAAAAAACAUAGCCAUUGAAUUUCUUACCUUGGAAAAUGAAAUAUUUAGAAAAAAGAAUCAUGUGUGUCAGUAUUAUAUUUAUGAUCUGCAGAAACGAAUUGCUGAAAUGGAAACUCAAAAGGAAAAAAUUCAUGAAGAUACCAAAGAAAUUAAUGAAAAGAGCAAUAUACUCUCAAAUGAAAUGAAAGCUAAGAAUAAAGCUGUAAAAGAUGUAGAGAAGAAACUGAAUAAAAUCACAAAAUUUAUUGAGGAGAACAAAGAAAAAUUUACAAAGCUAGACUUGGAAGAUGUUCAAGUUAGGGAAAAACUAAAACAUGCUACAAGUAAAGCCAAAAAACUGGAGAAACAACUUCAAAAAGAUAAAGAAAAGGUUGAAGAAUUUAAAAGUAUACCUGCAAAGAGUGAGAAUAUCAUAACUGAGACAACAACUAGGAACAAUGCCCUUGAGAAGGAAAAAGAAAAAGAAGAGAAAAAAUUAAAGGAAGUUAUGGAUAGCCUUAAACAGGAAACACAAGGACUUCAGAAAGAAAAAGAAAGUCAAGAGAAAGAACUUAUGGGAUUCAGCAAAUCAGUAAAUGAAGCACGUUCAAAGAUGGAUGUAGCCCAAUCAGAACUUGAUAUCUAUCUUAGUCGUUAUAACACUGCAGUAUCUCAAUUAAGUAAAGCCAAGGAUGCUCUGAUGGCAGCUUCUGAGACUCUCAAAGAAAGGAAAGCUGCAAUUGGAGAUAUAGAGGCAAAACUCCCUCAAACCGAGUGUGAACUAAAAGAGAAAGAGAAAGAACUUCAGAAACUUACACAGGAAGAAAUUAAUUUCAAAAGUUUGGUUCGUGAUCUUUUCCAAAAAGUUGAAGAAGCAAAGAGUUCCUUAGCAAUGAAUCGAAGUAGGGGGAAAGUCCUUGAUGCAAUAAUUCAAGAAAAAAAAACUGGCAGGAUUCCAGGAAUAUAUGGAAGAUUGGGGGACUUAGGAGCAAUUGAUGAAAAAUAUGAUGUUGCCAUUUCAUCCUGUUGUCAUGCAUUAGACUACAUUGUUGUUGAUUCUAUUGAUACAGCCCAAGAAUGUGUAAACUUCCUAAAAAGACAAAAUAUUGGAGUUGCAACCUUUAUAGGUUUGGAUAAGAUGGCAGUGUGGGCAAAGAAAAUGACCCAAAUUCAAACUCCUGAAAAUACACCUCGUCUAUUUGAUUUAGUAAAAGUGAAAGAUGAGAAAAUUCGCCAAGCUUUUUACUUUGCUUUACGGGAUACCUUAGUAGCUGACAACUUAGAUCAAGCCACAAGAGUAGCAUAUCAAAAAGAUAGAAGAUGGAGAGUGGUAACAUUACAGGGGCAGAUCAUAGAACAGUCAGGUACAAUGACUGGUGGUGGAAGCAAAGUUAUGAAAGGAAGGAUGGGUUCAUCAGUUGUUGUUGAAAUCUCAGAAGAAGAGGUAAAUAAAAUGGAAUCACAGUUACAGAGAGACUCUCAAAAAGCAGUGCAAAUCCAGGAACACAAAGUACAACUGGAAGAAACAGUAGUUAAGUUAAGGCAUAGUGAACGAGAAAUGAGGAAUACACUAGAAAAGUUUACUGCAAGCAUCCAGCGUUUAUCAGAGCAAGAAGAAUAUUUGCGUGUCCAAGUUAAGGAACUCGAAGCUAAUGUACUUGCUACAGCCCCAGACCAAAAAAAGCAGAAAUUGCUGGAAGAAAAUGUUAAUGCUUUCAAAGCAGAAUAUGACAGUGUGGCUGAGAAAGCUGGUAAAGUUGAAGCUGAGGUUAAGAGGUUACACAACAUCAUUGUAGAAAUCAAUAACCAUAAACUCAAGGCCCAACAAGACAAACUUGAUAAAAUAAAUAAGCAGUUAGAUGAAUGUGCUUCUGCUAUUACUAAAGCCCAAGUAGCAAUCAAGACUGCUGACAGAAAUCUCAAAAAAGCACAAGACUCUGUCUUUCGCACAGAGAAAGAAAUAAAAGAUACUGAGAAAGAAGUAGAUGACUUAACGACAGAGCUAAAAAGUCUUGAGGACAAAGCAGCAGAAGUCAUAAAGAAUACAAAUGCUGCAGAGGAGUCCUUACCCGAGAUCCAGAAAGAACAUCGUAGCCUACUUCAAGAAUUAAAAGUAAUUCAAGAAAAUGAACAUGCUCUUCAAAAAGAUGCACUUAGUAUUAAGUUGAAACUUGAACAAAUAGAUGGUCACAUUGGUGAACAUAAUUCUAAAAUAAAAUAUUGGCAAAAAGAGAUUUCAAAAAUAUCAUUGCAUCCCAUAGAAGAUAAUCCUGUUGAAGAGAUUGCAGUUCUAACUCCAGAGGAUCUUGAAGCAAUCAAGAACCCAGAUUCUAUAACAAAUCAAAUUGCACUUUUGGAAGCCCAGUGUCAUGAAAUGAAACCAAACCUUGGUGCCAUUGUAGAGUAUAAAAAGAAGGAAGAGUUAUAUUUACAACGGGUAGCAGAAUUGGACAAAAUUACUUAUGAAAGAGAUAAUUUUAGACAGGCGUAUGAAGAUCUUCGGAAACAAAGGCUUAAUGAAUUCAUGGCAGGUUUUUAUAUAAUAACAAAUAAAUUAAAGGAAAAUUACCAGAUGCUUACUUUGGGAGGCGAUGCUGAACUGGAGCUUGUAGACAGCUUGGAUCCUUUUGCUGAAGGAAUCAUGUUCAGUGUUCGACCACCUAAAAAAAGUUGGAAGAAGAUCUUCAACCUUUCAGGAGGAGAAAAAACGCUUAGUUCAUUGGCUUUAGUAUUUGCUCUUCACCACUACAAACCCACUCCCCUGUACUUCAUGGAUGAGAUUGAUGCAGCCCUUGAUUUCAAAAAUGUGUCCAUUGUUGCAUUUUAUAUAUAUGAACAAACAAAAAAUGCCCAGUUCAUAAUAAUUUCCCUUCGAAAUAAUAUGUUUGAAAUUUCGGAUAGACUUAUUGGAAUUUACAAGACAUACAAUAUAACAAAAAGUGUUGCAGUAAACCCAAAAGAAAUUGCAUCUAAAGGACUUUGUUAAACUUUAUAUUCAAGAUUCUUGAGAUCAAAUCAGCAUAUACUUACUAUUUGUAAAGGGUUAUAAAUUGUAUAAAAUAUAUACUCCUAAACUGGAUUAUAUAACUGGUUUCUGUUUUAUGCUGUUAAUUGAGACAUGUUACAAGUCUAAUAAAAUAUUCUUUAUACUUUUAGGAGAUUGUAAGAAGCUGACAAUUUUGUUAGUGGUAGACUACAGAGGAAAUAAAUUUCUGAAGGGUCAAGUGACUUGCCCUUAGUCCCAACCUGCUACCUGCAGAGUUAAUGUCAGUUGAUGAUCAAUAAAGUUUAGAUCAUGUUACCAAGACAUGUCAUACUCUUAUUCACCUCUGACCUACACUGGAAAAGCUUGCCAACUACUAUUGUAAAAUUUGUAAGGUCUUCCACUUAAUUUAGAUAAUCACUAUUUAUUACCCAAAUAAGGAUGAGAAUUUAAAUAUUGUACAUUCUUUGAGUUCCUGUUGUGGCUUAGUGGGUUAAGGACCCAACUUGUAUCCUCCCAGAGACAGGUUCAGUCCCUGACCUCACUCAGUGGGUUAAGGAUCCAGCUUUGCCAUAAGUUGUAGCAUAGGUCGUGUUGCCUUGGCUAUGGUAUAGGUUGCGGCUCCCAUUCCAGUUCAACCCCUAGCCCAGGAACUUCCAUAUGCUACAUGCGCAGGCGUUUAAAAAAAAAAAAAAUUUUUAUAUAACAUUCUUUUCUAAAACUUAAUGUGCAUAAUUGUUUAAAACAUUGCCCAAGGCCAGUAAACGGUGUCUGAAAUAACUAGGAUAUCUUUUUUUGUCUUUUCUAGGGCCGCAUCUGUGGUAUAUGGAGGUUCCAGGCUAGGGGUCCAAUCUGAGCUGUAGCUGCCAACCUACACCACAGCCAUGCCAGAUCCGAGCCAUGUCUGUGACCUACACCACAGCUCACGGCAAUAGUGGAUCCUUACCCCACUGAGCAAAGCCAGGGAUCAAACCUGCAACCUCAUGGUUCCUAGUUGGAUUCGUUAACCACUUAGCCACAAUGGGAACUCAUUUGUUGAAAAAGGAAAAAUUCCCAGUACAGUAGCUUUAGAAGAAAGAAGUAUGUAAGGAUUAAUUUCCUUAGUGUAAGUGGAUAUUAAGAUGGGAGUGCUGUUUGCCCAUCAUAUCAAGAGUUUUGUUAUGUUACACUGUAUUAGCUGUAGAAUAUUACGAUGCUACUGGAAGAAAGUGGGCAACCACUUGCUUUUCAGAAGGAGUUUUGGUAUUAAGUCUUUGCCUAGCUCUUCAGUUUCUAGAUACUGAUCCUGAGGAAUUAAGGAGUUAAUUAUCUCUUUAUUCAGUGCACCAUCGUUUAGGAACUUAAAAACCAAAGACAGUUUGUAUCAUACCCAUUUAAACUGUAAAUAAACUAGCAUGGACUUUCAUAUCUGAAAUUCAAGAAUGGUCUUUUUUUGGCCAUGCCCACAGCACUGGUGAAAAAAGAGGUGAAUGGAAAUUACAUUUUAAUAACCAAUGGAGUAGUAGAACUUAGUACUAACUUUUUAAAGAGUUAAAGUAGGAGUUCCCACCAUGGCUCAGCUGUAACGAACAUUCCUGGUAUCGCUAAGGAUGCAGUUUUGAUCCCUGUCCCUGCUCGGUGGGUUAAUAAGGCACUUGUAUUUGCCAUGAGCUGUGGUGGUCACAGACGUGGCUUGACUCCUGUGUGGCUGUGGCCGUGGCUGGCAGCUGUUGGCAGUUCCAAUUCGACCCCUAGCCUGGGAACUUAAACAUGCUGCACAUGCAGCCCUAAAAAAAAAAUUUUUUUUAAGGCAAAAAAAUUGAAGUAGGUAACGCCUACAUAGCCUCAUGAACAUUCCAAAGCAACCACUCCUCAGUUUAAGCACAUUAAGCCACUCAAUGCAAAUAUCAAAAUGAGUUUAUUAAAAUAUACAGUUGUUAUACAUACAACUUAGAAAUAUUUCAAGACUAUAUACUUUAAAGUUUACAAUCUCAUCCUCCUGGUAAAAAUACAAAAGAGAACAAACAGCAUGUAUAAAGGAUCAGUCAUUUGUAUAUUUGACUAUAUUCGUGCACACUACAUAAAACUUAACCAAAAAUAGUUUUUAUCUACUAAAAACUGGCAAGUUAUAAAAUACUAAUGUCAGACCUAAAAGGCAUCAAUUUUUAGCUGUGAUUCUUAGACAUAGAUUCACAGGCAUAGAUUAGAAAACCCUAAUUUUGUAAAAAUCUUCAAUUUCCUUUUUUUUUUUUUUUGGCUUUUUAGGGCCAGACCCAAGGGCAUUGGAGGCUCCCAGGCUAGGGGUCGAAUUGGAACUACAGCAGAUGGCCUACACCACAGCCACAGCAAGGUGGGAUCUGAGCCACUUCUGCGACCUACACCACAACCCACGGCAAUGCUGUAUCCUUAACACUGAACGAGGCCAGGGAUCAAAUCCAGAUCCUCAUGGAUCCUAACUGGGUUCAUUUAACAGCUGAUCCACAAAGGGAACUCCUUCAAUCCUUUAAAAGUAGCACAACAGAUGAAUUCUGAAAAGAAUCCAUGAGGUCUCAAACUAACUCUAUGGCCUUGGGCAAUUUUUGUGUAAGUGAGGGUUAAUUCCUAUUUCAAAUAUGUGAGAUUAAAUGUUAAAUACAUAAUAAAUAUUUCAGUGCUUACUAAAAGUACAUGGCUCUUUUGUGUUGUGACUAGUACUUAACUUCCAGGGUAAGUGUGUAGCUGAAUAUAUAUAUAUCUCCUCUUGCCUCCAUUAUACCCUCCACAUGUUCUUUGCCCACACAACAUAUUGUUGUGCUAUUCUGAUUCUCACCAUAAAUUAACAAAAUAGUCAUACACCUUGGUGUCCAGACUUAUCUCAGCAGAUAAGACAUCAGGAGUAUUUUAGAACUAGUGUCCUGAUUACAGCCAUAUUUAUCUGUAGGACUAGGAGUGUUCCCUGAUUUGACCUGUAAAGUCUGAAUUAAGUAAGGCUCCUAAAGAUGUGAUCUAAGCAACAGCCAAUUUGGAAUUUCUAGAAAGCAUAUAAGUUUGUUAUGUGGACAAAAGGGCCAAAAGUCCUACCACAAAGCACCAUGAUUCCAGUCCCUGCUAAUAAAAGGAAACCAAAAGGGAUUUGACUUAAUAGCUAAGUAGGCUCCCUUCAUAAUAAAGUUCAAGAAAAUAAGAUCAAAUUAUUGGUACUUUGGCAUUAGUAUAAGAAUGUUUGACAGAAAAUUUAAGACAGUUUAAAGACGGUUAACAUGCCAUCUAAAUCUGAGGGUGGAAUUACCAAUAACACUUGUUCUAAUUUAGAGUUUUUAAUCCAAGAACUGAUUUGACUGACAAGACUAAUGCUACACAAAAGUCAAAUACAAUCCUAACAUAAACCACAGAAUAAAAACAAAUAUUCGGAAAUGUUACUUGUUGGUCCUUAAUGGCACUUUAUAUUUCCAAAAGCAAUAAUAGUAUUAGGAAUGAAUGUUGACCAAUUAUGAGGUACAUUGAUCAAAUGCAUUUUUUUUUUUCCAGCCGAACCCACAGCAUAUGGAAGUUCCCAAACCAGGGAUCAAAUCCAAGCCUAAGGUGCAACCUGUACCACAGCUGCAGCAAUGCUGGAUCCUUAACCCACUGUGCCAGACCAGGGAUUGAACUGGUGCUUCCAGAAACAGGCCGCCAGAUCAUUCAUUAACCCACUGUGCCACAGCUGGAACUCCUAAUCAAAACACAUUUUUACCUAAGCAAUCUCGUAUCACCUUUAAGACUGCUGCUUGAAUUUAAAACCUCACCAUCCUUAAUUUGCCCAUUCCAAAUUGUCAAGCCAUGUAAUACUAAAGGCUUAUUGUACUUUCUAGGAUUUAGCCAUCUUUUAAUUAAAGGCUGCAUAUACAUAAAGAACUGCAAAGCCAAGCACUGCAUUAUAUAAUGCUAAAAGACAACAUUGGUACAAGAAUGUUUAACUGUCACACUGAGUCAAGCUCUCAGGCCAAUAAAAAAAAAAAAAAAAA